GGAGGGAGGGAAGUUUUCCGAGGCGCCCCUCUUCGGAGACUUACGGCGUGCGAAUGCCUAGAAUGAAGUUCAAGUCGGCGGUUGGCAGGUUGAGCCAAGUUGGGGUUCUUGAGCAGGAGGCUGUCGGUGGAUGGAGAGCCCCUCUUAGCCCUUGAGCCCCGGGUUCACCCUCGCGGAGUUCAGGAUGGGUUGCACGGGGAGCAAGAGGGGCUCCUGCUGCUGCUGUGCUGCCCGGAGAAAGAAAAAAGUCAAAACUCAGUAUGAAAAGAAACAGGCAUCCUGUGAAUUGAUAGCAGAAAAUGUCAACACAACCAAUUUACAUGAAGCAGCAAAGAAAUGUGAAAUAGAGCUGCUAGAGAAGCAUACAAAUAAGAUCACAACACUCCAGCAACAACAACAGGAGGAGUUUCUGAAAGAAGCUGACCUGACUGAAGCUAAAAGACUUAGCCAAGAUGUUAAAAUCCAGGAAGAAAAUGACAAGAAUUUAGAGUUUAUGCAGGAACUAUCUGAGAAGUAUAAUUUGCUGAAAAGAAAAGUGGAUGAGAGACUUGGAGAGCCCCAGAAAGUACAUGACGAAGAGACACGUUUCCUGGCAGAAUCCUAUGAGAUGUCGAAGUCAUCCUUACAGGAGACUAUAGACAAAUUGAGUUCCCAGAUGAAGUCUUUUGAAGACAAAAUGAAACGAGUGGAGGAGUCAGUCCUGAGCAGAGAUUAUAGGAAGCACAUCCAGGAUCAUGGGAGUCCCAGCCCGUUCUGGGAGCAGGAAGUAGAGAGUUUGCAUUUUGUCAUUGAGAUGAAAAAUGAACGCAUCCACCAUUUGGACAAAAAGCUAUUUUACUUGGAAACAGUGAUGGAGCAGAAUUUGUUGCUUGAGGAGAAAGUGAAAACCCUUCAGCAGGAGAAUGAAGAGCUCCAUGUACGGAUGCAGAAUCACAUAACAGUGACAAGGCAACUCUCUGAUGAGGUCCUGAAACUUCGUGAGGCCCUGGAGAAGGAGUCGCAGCUCAAAGAACAAGCUCGCCAGGAGAAGGAAGAGUUGCUGUACAGAGUGCUCAAUGAUGACCCUGCGCAAAUCUUCCCCAUCUCCACUGAGGUGACGUUCAUUGCUACAUAGCACUUCGAAUGGCUAAGCAGACUGGACAUGGGACAGAGCAGUCCCUAACUAGACAUUGAGCUCAGUGCUAUGUGACAAGACUGUAUUGACAUACAAGUUUCUGAAUGCCACAUACCUUGGUUUUCAGUGCUCCUGACACUUGAAAAGGAAGGGAGAUGCUCUCCCCACAGAAAAAGGACAGCUUUGAUAAUAACCAAGAGAUAAGGUUGAAUUUACUUCCAUUGUGAGUGUAUGCAAACAAGAAUUGGCCAGGCUGGGUUUCCCCUACCCAAGGCUCCUCACCAGGGAAACAACCAAAUAGCUACCUCAGAUACUGAACCGCAUGUGAUAGGGCGAUGUACCAAUUACCCUUGGUUUAAUAUUUCAAUAGCUGUGGCUUUUAGGUUGGAAGGAGCCACAGAAAAUGAG